AUGUAUAGAAAUAAAAAAGACGUGGAUAAACAUGUGGAUAAUUUGUUAUCUAAAUUGUCCGCGAAAGAGUUUAAAUCAAGAGCUUAUUCCGUUGCUCGACUUUAUUUCGAAGUGGGGGAUUAUUUAAGUUGUCAGAAAUAUGUCGAGCAAUAUCUUACUCAAAAAGACAACAACGCUGCGGCGUACAAACUUCUUGGACAAGCUUUGCAGAAAAUGGGUAUGAAAGAAAAGGCCCUAGAACAGUACAAGGCGUCUUUGGACAUUGACCCGGCACAAACUAGUACCAUAUUAGACAUUUGUGAACUUCUUGCUGAUGAUGAAGUCAUUAUUGAACCAGGCCGAGCCAAGUACUGGUGUGAAAAAGCAGAAGCCACAUUUCCCAGGCACCCAGUUACAUUCAGACUAAGAGAGAAACUUAUAUCUGUUUCUAACCCAGAUCCUGAAGCACUAGUUGAGUUACUUCAUUCUGAAUUGGCAAUAAGGCCCAAGGAUGCAUUGCUACAUGCACGCUUAUUGAAGCACUAUCUGAACAUCAAUAAGGUUAAAGAAGCAUUUGAUCAUGCAUGCAAUGUGGAGUUUGGAGGAAAACCAUUUAUAAACACCUAUGGUUGGUAUGAGAUUUUGAAUGACUUACUGAAGCACAGCUCGCACAAUACCAGUGACUGGCUUUAUCACUUACUUCUUUUAACUGUGAAGGAACGUAUUUGUUUGUUGAGUAUUACUGAAACACCAAGUGGUACAUCCAAAAGCUUGGUUGAAUCUAAUGAGCUUCUUCAUUCCUAUGAUCAGGCUAUUGAGAAUGUUUCACGUUCUGGGGCCUCUCCUGGCUUUGCAGAAUUUCAUAAUGCAUUGCUACAACAUCAUAAAGGCCAAAUUGCCUUUCAUGCAGCAACAUUUUUGCUAAAGAAAGCUAAAAAAGACCAAAUGAGCUGGCGAGAUGCUGUCCAGCAUGCUUCCCCACUUAUGUUAGUUGCUUGGCAAGCUGUACCUUUGGAUUCGAAAGUAAAUUGGUUGAAAAAUGCCCCCGAGAAGCAAAUGAUCGCAGUACAUCGCUGGUACUAUGAAGGAACAUACAGAUGCUCCCAGGCUGGGCAUUACUUACUGACAAAUAUUCAAGACAAAAAUCAAUCAUUCCUUGAUCAGGUUUCUCAAUGUUAUUCUGGUACACACUGGAGAGAUAAGCAGUACAAGCGGAUCUUUUCCAGUAAGGGUCAUCUGGAUAAAAUGAAAUCAUCUUACUUUGCAUCAAAUGCAUUUGCUCCACCUAUAUUGAGACUUCCUAGAAAAUUAGAAGUUGAAUGUUAUGAUAGCGAUGCUCAAAGGGAAUAUGGUAGUUCCUUACACCAUUUUGUUUGGACAUUAUUGAAUUAUAAAAACUAUGCACAUUUUAAAUGCACUCUUUUCGAUAUGCUUACAUAUAAUGCGACAACUUGUGGACCUGAGACAUUGAACAGAUCAGAUAUUCAUGCCUUUUUAUAUUGUGCAACAUUAACAGCCAGCCAACAAAUAUCUAAAAAAGAUUCUUAUGUAUCCAGUGAAAGACCACAUACACUUCCAGCUAAUAUCACUGAUCUUUUGUGUCCUCUCACCCAAAUGAAAUGGUGGGAUUGUGCUUAUAAAUUCAGUCAAAACGAGUUGGGGACCGAAUUAACUGACAUUCGUGCCACAUUGAGCCGUGGUAUUGAAAUUGUGAGGUGCAUCGACAAUCAUGGUCUUGAUCCAGAGCUAUUAUGCAUUCUUGGGCGUAUAUUCAGUGAAAGAGCCAAAGUAACAACAAAUGUAGAUGAAAAAAAUCAACUGGAAACAAGGGCUGGAUUAUAUUACUCUUCAGCUGUGCCAUUAUUAGAAAAAUUGAAAAGCAAAAUUGUCAUCAAGUAUCUUGACAAAAGAAUUUUCGAUUAUACACACAAAGAACUUAGCUCCAAACAACUACAUGCUUUACUUGAAGAAUGCAAACUAUAUGUAGCAGUCAGUCAUUUUAGUGAAGGUGAAUACGAUAAAGUUAUUGAAAUCCUUUCCAAUUUAAAGUCGCCACAAGCACUGUUCCAUCUUAGUCAGACCUAUAAAAAAAUUGCAUUAGAAGAAAAUAAUCUAUCCCAUGAUUCUGAAGCUAUGUCUAAAUAUGCGGCGCUAUUGGCUAAAGCUAAAAUGUUCGCUUACAAAGCAUUAGACAGGCUAAGGGACAGUGAACCUAAUAAAAGUCAUCCUUUAUACACUGACACUCAACAACUAAUUGAAGAUAUAGAAAUCCAGAUGAAUAACAUUGAUCCUGAUUUUGCUACUGGUAUUAAAGAUGGCGAUGGGAAAUUUUCGUCUGACGAUAAUGUUUCAGGAGAAAGCGAACAUUUACCUAUUAGAGGAAACUCUCAUUUGUUUCGAAACUUGAGCUCCACACCGAAAGCUUCUCACAAUGCUAAUGCUACAAAUUAUCGAACUGCUAUGGACUCACAAAUAUUAGAAAAUUCAAGGGUUGACCAAAAGUUUUUAGAAAGAAUCGAAACUGAAAUUAAAAAUUUGCAAAAAAGAGAUACGACUAUUAGUGACUUUAUGGCACAAACACGAAAUUGGUUUGAUGAAAACCGUAAAAUGGGUAAUCAAAUUAUAAGUAGUAUUCAUUCGAAUAUGCAAAACACAACAGAUCAAUUUAAAUUGCUGAAGAUAUCAGUAGAUCAAGUGAAGGACCAAAUAGACGAAUGUAGAAAUGAUUGUAAGGAUGUUAGUGAAUUAAAGAAGCAGGUAGCAGAGCUGAAAAAGGAAGUGGGCAAACUGAAAAAGGCUUCUUCUGAACAGACCAUUGAUGAUAGUGAUUUAUAUAAUCUAGAUGAAGACUACAGAACAAAUGACAGCACAUCAUCAUUUGCAACUCAGUUACCAUUCACACCAUCUCAAGUGAUUCCCUCUUUCAACCAACGUCUUGUGCCACCCUUCCCUGUACCACCUAACCCAUAUCAACUUUACAAUCAAAGCUUGUAUAAUUUAUAUAACCAGUAUUCCCAAUUCGCGCAGCCAUCCUCAGUACCAGGGACCCAGCCAAUGUUUGAUCCAACUAGAGCUCAAGUGAACUAUCCCGGUGUUUACCCAACGCCAGAUCAAAUGUAUUUAGAUGUAGCUCAUUUGGUUCCCCCCAAUUUGUCGGCACCCUCGUCAGUGCAACCAGCGCCGGUGGUGCCUCCGCUGUCAACCGUACCAACAAUGUCAAGUGUUACAUCUUCAACAGCAGUAUCUGUUACUGUGUCCAAAGUAACUUCUGCUGAAUCUAAAGACGUUAUAAAAUCGUUACCUGUCAAUGUAGUCAUUACAUCUUCAGAUCCCCUCCCAACAUGUACUACAACACCGGCACCAAUUCUAAGUGUGACAAUUCCACCAAAACAUAUUAAAGGCGGCACUCCUCAUAAUUAUCAAAUACAACUUCCAGCAACUACUGACACGAAAGUCGUAUCACCGCCAGUGUUUGUUUUCCCUGCUCAAAAUAACAAAGCAGCAACCACAAGUUCUAAUUCAGCGUCCAAUUGGAAUCAAUCAACAGUAUUCAGAACUACUCCCGUAUCUUCUACCUCCACAUUCAGCUCCUUACUCAACCCUUCACUAACGGCACCGAAGCUUGGUGGAGACACACUUGAUACUUCAAAGUCCGUAGUUGAUGGAAUAUUUUCUGGUAGUUCACCUAAUACUAGUCUCAAUAAAUCAAGGACAUUAUCGGAAAGAAGUAAUACAUCUGUGGAAAAUUAUGACCCUUGUCCCGAUUUUAAACCUAUUGUACCCCUACCUGCUGAAAUUAAAGUUACUACUGGCGAGGAAGAUGAAUAUGUGAUAUUUAGCUCCAGAGCUAAACUUUUCCGUUUCGUGGAUAAACAGUGGAAAGAGAGAGGACUGGGUGAAAUGAAAUUGCUCAAACAUAAGGUAUCAGGAAAAGUUAGAGUUCUUAUGAGACGUGAACAAGUCCACAAGAUUUGUGCUAAUCAUAUAAUUACCGCAGAAAUGGAAAUAAAACAAAUGAUGAAUGAGGCUAAGGCCUAUUUUUGGGUUGCCAAUGAUUUUGCAGAUGAGACUGUUGUUUUAGAAAAGUUCUGUAUCCGGUUUAAAACUGCUGAUAUAGCUAAAGAUUUCUACAACGCGUUUGAAAAAGCUAGACAAGAAGCUCUAAUGAAUAAAACUCUGAGUCCAGUUGCUCCUAAAGGAGAAAAUGUAAAAUUGACGAGUGCUAGAGUAACCAGCCAAGUAACUACAUCUAUUAAUACCACUAACAAUCAACCUAUUUCAACAACUACAACUAAAGCUGUGGUUGGUGGAUUUACAUUUAGCAGCACACCAACAUUCAAGUCUGUGGCUGAUGAUGUAAAACUUGAAACAAACACUCAAGAUGUUGCUACUACUAAAGCUAAUGUAUUUAGCGGUUUAUCUUUUAAAACUAACAACAGUUCACCAUUUUCUAAUUUAUUCACUAAAACUACUUCACCUGACACCAACACUGCUAAUAAUACCGCUAAGGAUACAGAAUCUACAAAACUCAAUACUUCAGACCAAGUUGAAGAAUAUGAACCAAAUGUUGAAUUUAAACCUGUUGUACCUUUGCCUGCUUUAAUUGAUCAAAAGACUGGCGAAGAAGAUGAAAAUAUACUGUUUGAACACCGCGCAAAACUGUUAAGGUUUGAUGCUGCUGCCAAAGAAUGGAAAGAACGUGGACUUGGCAAUAUUAAGUUACUUGUUCAUAAAGAUAAUAUACACAAAGUAAGACUUCUUAUGAGACGUGAACAAAUAAUGAAGGUGUGUUGUAAUCAUGCAGUUACUAAUGAAAUGGUUUUCCAAAAGAUGCCCAAUUUGGAUAAAGCUGUAACUUGGUGUGCCAAAGAUUUCUCAGAAGGUGAGUUAGUGGCAGAGACUUUCUGUUUGCGAUUUAAGACCAUUCAGCUAUGUGAUGAAUUCAUGGAAGCUAUUAAGUCUGCCCAGUCUAAAAUGAAAGAUGAAUCAAAGGCAGCAAAGGAAGAAAAAAAUGCUGCUAAACAAAACAAUCAAACUGGUUUUGGCGAUAAGUUUAAACCCAAGGCAGGGUCAUGGCAUUGUGAUGCGUGUUACACAAAUAACUUGGAAAGUUUUUCAAAAUGUGCUUGUUGUGAAACACCAAAACCAAACGGUGCAGCAAGCACCAACGCUACUGCUGCUGUAUCAAAUACAAAUACCGAGAAAUCAAUAGCUACAGCAGGUUGGGGAGAUAAAUUCAAGCCCAAACCUGGUAGCUGGGAAUGCAAAGAUUGCUUUGUUCGAAAUGAAUCUGGUAUAGAAAACUGCACUGCUUGUAAUAGCCCCAAAGAUCCAACCAAAGCUAAGACAGCUAUCAAACUUACAUCAGACAAUGCACCCAAAUUUAAUUUUGGGAUACCUGCUACAAAUAACAAUGCAGACCAAAAGCCUACUUCAAUAAUUCCUGUAUCCAGUCAAGGCCCUUCCAUUACAACUGGUGGAGACUUGUUCAAAACCAGUGCUCCAACUUUCGAAGCUAAUAACAAAGCACCUAUAUUUGGAACAGGUUCAUCUGGGACACAAUUUAGGUUUGGCGUGCCCCCAGCAUCAAAUGACACUAAAACAAAUGUUGGAGCUACUUCAAUUUUUGAUGGCACUGGUGCACAUAAAUUUAGUUUUGGUAUACCUCCAAGUGAUACAACAACUAUCCCAGUAUCUUUCGGGGAACAGAAGGCUCUAAUUCAUAAUUCAGUAACUGAUACUAAAAUGAUUUCUUCUGAAAAUCAGGUUGUUGACUUUAGUUUAAAAAAGAAAGAAGAAUCAAAUACUUCUGUAAAACCAGCACUGCUUCCCACACCUGUGUCUGACAGUUCAUCUAGCGUGUCCUUUGGAUUCAAAGAGAGUGGUACAUUCGACUUCGUAUUUAAACCUAAGACACCUACAAAAGGUAAAAGUCCUGCAAAGUCUUCUCAUAGUCAAGCUGAUGGUGAAGAAAGUGACGGAAAUGAAUAUGCUGCAGAAGAUGAAUGCCAUCAUACUUUCACUCCUGUAAUACCUCUCCCGGACAAGGUCGAAGUUGUUACCGGCGAAGAAAAUGAAACUGAACUUUAUGGACAGUUAGCAAAGUUGUAUAGAUUUUUAUCAGGAGAAUGGAAAGAACGUGGAAAAGGAAUUGUCAAGAUUCUUAAACAUAAAGAUACAGGAAAAUUGAGGGUAGUUAUGCGAAGGGAUCAGGUCUUAAAAAUAUGUUUGAAUCAUGCUUUGACUUCAGAAAUUAUUUACAAUGUUAAAGAUGAAAAAUCUUGGCAAUUUGUGGUGAAUGACUUCAGUGAAGGUGAACUAAAUUUGGAACAUUUCUGUCUUCGAUUUAAAAGUAAAGAAGUGGCUUCAGAAUUUAAAAAUGCGAUUGAUAAUGCACUUCAGGGAAAAUCUGUUAGUAAAAAUGGAGCAAAUGAUAAAAAAGAAAAAGAUGAAAGUGAUGAUGUCGUUUUUGUAAGCGAGAUCCAAGCAUCUAAAGAAGAGAAACAGAAAGCUAAAGAGUUAAUGCUGCCUGAAAAUUUCUUUACUUACAAAACUAAAGAACCAUGCCAAGGAUGUCGUGGAUGCAAUGAUAGCGAAGAUUCCUCAAAAUCUGAAAGUAAUUCACAAUCGUCUACAUCAACAAGUGAAACAAAUAUACCAGCAUCAAACAAAUCAAAUGUUCCUAAUUCAGAACAAAAACCAAUCGUAUCAGCAUCAACUACAAAAACAUCUCUAACUAAUUCAAGUACACCUGUAAAAACUAUGCCAUCCAUUUUCCAAAGUCCUACUAAUUCUAUAUAUGGGACUCCAAGCAAUUUUGAGAAAACUGCUGAUACAUCUAUAUUCCGCACGCCACUUGGUUCAGUUGCAUCCAACAUGAAAACCCCAACAUCGGCAUCUUCACAAAGCAAUUUAGACAAUACUUUCACUAACAAGGAAAAUACAUUUAUUCAAAAGCCGAACAUAUUCUCAGGAUUUGGUGGUUCUGAGCAGUCAACAUUAUUUGGAACUCCUCAGAACAAAACUACUUCCAUAUUUGGCAGCAGUGACGCUCAAACGUCACAAAGCUCAAAGAACUCUCUACUGGCUCCACCCAAGCUAAGUUAUAAUAAUACUACAAAUCAAAAUGAAUCCCGUUUUAACUUUGGACAGUCGAAAUUCGUUUUUAGUGAUUCAAAUCAAACCCCACAAACCACUACAAGUACUACCGAAACUGGGAAAUCUUUCAAUAAAUCAGUUUUAGAAUUUUCUGCUCCUAGUAUGAAGACAGAUAAUGCAAAGGUAAAAUCAAUAUUUGGAGAUGAUAAUAAGCCUGAAAAUUUGUUUGCUAGUGCAAAUCAAGGAAGUAUUUUUGGGCCUGGCGCCUUAGCAAACAGUCAAUCCAAAACUGAUACUAACAUAUUUGGGUCAGCUGCCAUGUCAGCCUUUGGUGCUAUUUCAUCUCAAAAUUCGAUAUUUGAAAGUGGAAAGUCAUUGUUUGGGUCAUCAAAUCAAGGACGAAUGUUGAGCGAAGGUGCAAAUGAAAAUCAAAAGAAAGAUGGAUCGGAGCCUUUGAAUGCUGGUGACAUUCAAAAAGCUAAUACAGCAACUGCUGAUCGGUCUGAGAAAAAAGAAAUUCCACUUAAGGUUGAUAGCGGUCUUACAUUUGCUGCUCUAUCAUCUGGCAGUGGACCUGCUUUUAAUCUGAAAACUACACAACCUGAUUUCAAAUGGGAAGGGGCUGGCCAACAAUUAUUUAAUGCAAAAACUAAUAUAAACUCUGGAGAUAAAUCAAAGAAUGAGAGUGGCGUAGACGAGGACGCAGUCGCAGAAGAGGAAUAUGACCCUCACUACGAGCCAAUUGUACCUCUACCUGAAAAGAUUGUGGUCACUACUGGUGAGGAGGACGAGGAAAAAAUGUUUGGAGAACGAUGCAAAUUAUAUCGUUAUGAUGACCAGUCCCGUGAGUGGAAAGAACGAGGUGUUGGUGAAAUGAAAAUCCUAUACCACCCUGAGAGAAAAACUUACCGGUUACUACUGCGCCGGGAACAGGUCCACAAAGCGGUGCUCAAUAUGCUUUUAUACAUGGAUUUAGAGCUACUACAAAUGAAGAACUCUGAUCGCGCAUGGACAUGGGCCGGCCGUAACUUUGCUGAAAACUCGGCGGGCGAGCAAGAAACACUCGCGGUCCGAUUUAAGUCCGUAGAGCUAGCCACCGCCUUCCACGACAAAAUUGUCGAAUGUGUGAGGAAAUUACAAGCUGCUGCUGCCCAAGCUGUAAGGGAGGUGAAGGAGUUAAAAGAAUCAGAAACGUUUGAUAACGUGUCACCACUAAGAUUACCGAAACAUUUGCAAGAAAGCGCACGCGCUGACAAUGCGAUAACUGCGGAAGUCUUUCAAAGGACGUCAGGUUCCUCAAGUCAGGACACCAGUGCAAACACAAACGAUAGUAAACCACCAGCCGUAACGGAAAAAUUUCAACAAGUCUAUGAACACCAUGAAGGACAUCAACAUCAUCAUGAAGACCAUGAUGAGGAAGAAGACUACGAUUAUGAUGAAUAUUAUAACGAGGACGAGGAAGAAUCAGCUCCUUACUACACGUGUGACGGUGAGGCGAUAGUUCGGCAGGGUAACAACGAGACCACUUGUUCCAACGCACACAUACAAGUGCUGUUUGACCAAGAGAUUUACUCUCCCAAGAUUUUAGUUACCGAUGCGGCUACCGGAGAGAUACUAGCUGAUAUGCUCAUAUACACUGACACUGAGUUCCAGAUGUCUGGCGAUUCCUGCGCAUGGUCAGGCACGGACUACACCAGUAAUGACCCAGUGGACAAGUCUGUCACGGUCAACUUUUACGACAGCGAGACAGCAAUGCAGUUCUAUGAUAGUUGUGAGACAAGCAAGGCUGCGACAUACGCGUCUACAGAUCCAGUGUCGUAG